UUCCAUUCCCCAUCUAUUUACGCAUCGAUCGAACACUACUAUAUAAGCAAAGUUAGCUGCUAGCUGAGCUAGUUUUGAUGAUGAAUAAUGCCAUUUUACACUCAAUUCCAAUGGAAGCAAAGCUCAACGAAGAAUCUAAGACGACCCAUCAUCAGAUUGUGGUAGUAAAUAACGCCGUCAUCGUCAAAACGGACGCCGGCAAGAGUCGAACUAAUAAUAAUUAUCCAAUCUUGAGCGGAUUGCAUGCGGGCUAUUUCCGAAUAAGCCUCUCCCUGUCCAGCCAAGCCUUACUCUGGAAAACGCUGUGCGAGCUGUCGUCAUCAGACGGAGACGCCGUUAAUAACGCCGCUACCGGGAAAGUGCUGCGCAAGUUGCUGCCUUCCACCGCCUUCGUCUUCAUCUGGUCCUUGGCGGUCUCCGUCCUGCUCUUUCUCUCCGUCAUCUACGCCGUCCGCUGCCUCCUCCGCUUCGACAUGGUUAAGGAUGAGUUCCGACACCACGUCCACGUCAACUACCUUUUCGCGCCCUGGAUCUCUUGCCUUUUCCUGCUCCAAGCCUCCCCUUUCCUCCAACCCCCCACCGCCGCCGCCGCCCUUACCGGUGUCAUGAUCAACGGCUACCAUAUGGUGCUCUGGUGGGUGUUCGUGCUCCCCAUCGUCGCGCUCGACCUCAAGAUCUACGGCCAGUGGUUCACGAAGGGGAAGCGGUUCCUCUCCGGGAUAGCGAACCCGACGUGCCAGCUGUCGGUCAUCGGGAACCUGGUGGGUGCGGCGGCGGCCGCUCGCAUGGGGUGGAGGGAGACGGCGGUGUGCAUGUUUGCGCUGGGGAUGGGGCACUAUUUGGUGCUGUUCGUGACGCUGUAUCAGCGGUUGCCGGGGAGCAGCCCCAUCCCGGUGAUGCUCCGGCCGGUGUUCUUUCUGUUCAUCGCGGCGCCGAGCAUGGCGAGCAUAGCAUGGCACUCCAUCUGUGGGAGCUUCGACGUUUCGUCAAAGAUGCUGUUCUACCUGUCGCUCUUCCUCUUCUUUUGCCUGCUGCAGAUAUGUCGACCAGGACUGUUCAAGAAGUCAAUGAGAAAAUACAACGUGGUAUGGUGGGCAUAUUCAUUUCCUGUAACGGUGAUGGCGAUUGCGUCAACGAAGUACGCCCUGGAAGUGAAGAGCACAGAAGCGCACAUCCUAAUGCUCAUUCUGUCCGCACUCUCGGUCACGGUGUCGCUUAUUCUGCUGUUUUGCACUGCGCUCAAUGCCAAUUUGCUUCUUCUUUUUCCUAAUGCAUCUGCAACCCACAUCAAUGACCAGCCCACAAUCGCCUUGUCUUAAUUACGGAGUAAUAAUAUACAUGCAGCCUCAACUAUGGAUUCACGUAUCUAUAAAAUUGAUAAAUGAUAAGUGAUGAAUAUUAAUAACCUGUGAUACUACUCUGAUCUAUACGUACGUAGUAUCUUAUAUACCCUCUAUUUUUUUUUAAAAUAAGGGUGUACAUCAUGUUUUGAUGUACUAGUGUACUACGUAUAAUCUUUUACAACAUACUCGAUCGGUAUAACAUAGAAACACAUGCAUG